CGCAAAUGGCGUAGAUAGCCACAUUGAAAACGAGCAACGGGACAUAAAACAGAGUACGUCUGUGUUCUGAAUCUCUCCUUCCCGUAAAAACCACUCCGGUCCGGUCAUUCAAUCAAACGUGCCAACCCUGCUCGGUUGCUCCACAACAAACCGAUCCACGCUGAGUGUUUUCACCAUUUUCAGUUUAAUUUCUGCAGCGUGGCGGAAAAGGGUCCCUGUGCACACUGUGUGGAUGUGCGUAGAAGCAGCGGUGCAGCAGUCCUGCUGUUGAGAGCAUAAAGCCUAAAUAUGGUGAGGCUGGAGCUGGAUCAGGUGGUGAUGAGGAGGAUGAAGGAGGACGACAUAGAGAUAGUCAAAGCCCUCAUCAAGGAGGGCUGCGAGGGCACAGAAAACCGUCUCAUCCUCCACAUCCUCACUCGUCCGCUCUGCCUCUUCAUCUUGGCUGUCUUCUCCUCGAUCUUGCGCUGCCUUGUUCAUUCCUUCAUCCUGGCCCUCGCUAUUCCUGUCUUCCUGCUAAUUAUCUUUCUCAAGAUCACCAUGCCGCGGUCCACAGGGGUCCUGGGCAGCAGCCGUCCCUCUUGGGACUAUGUGGGUAGCAGUUACAGAGGGACAGAGGAGGAAACGCUGCAGAAUCCCUACUGUAGGAUCAGUGGCAAGACACCAGGGUCUAAAAAGCCAAGACGCAGAAUCACACCCAAAGACAAAGAAUUGUCAACAGAGAACAUCACUCCAGAGAGGGAGCAGGAAGCAGGCCAGGUCUGGGUGGCAGAGUGCGACGGUGAGAUAAUCGGCUGCGUCUUCAGAGAAAGCGAGAAGCGAGCAGGCAUCAGGAGGAUCUGCAGGGUGGUGACGGGUUGCUGGUACCGCAGGGAGGGUCUCGGCCGACUGCUCGUCCAGAGCCUGGAGCAGAGGGAGAGGGAGGCUGGCGCACACAGAGUGUAUGCACACGUCCCCUACCCCUCCAAAGUUGGGGAGGCCUUUUUCAGGAAGCUGGGCUAUCGGCAAUUAGGGGAGGAGACUGAUGAAGAAGAAUAUGAUAAAGAGAGGAAGAUGGAGACUCCAGAGAGAGGCUUUCUUGGACACCCUCUCACUAAAGUGUUUUACAAGGACUUGUGAUUGAGAGAUGUGGACUCUUGGAGAGGAAGAAGUGGCUAAGGUGAAGAAGCCAUAACGUAUAACUGUGGAAAGUGUCAUUGCUGCAGUGUGUUUGGAUGUUUGAUAAUUAAUUGAAUAUUUGUGUUAUUUAUGCCAAUAUUUAUUUACUCUAUGUGUUCUGUUCUGUUUGUUUUAAAGCUGGGGUAGGCUGAUUAAUUUUGGUAUCAUUGGACAAAAAUCUUAUAAUAAACUUUGAGCAUGUUGUCAUUAAAGUGGACUGAGAGAGCAAUAGACUUCUGCUUUAGAAAAUCUAGCAUCUGAGCGGGGACUCUAGACAGUCAAAGGUCAUUUCAGAGAGAGGGCGUUCCUAUUGGCUGUUCUACAAAUGCAGAUGGACGUGCAUGUCCCUUUGGUGAAACCCUGAUUCAAUGGCAGAGAAUCCUGCUGAGAAAGUUGCUAUUCCAGCAUUAGCAACUACAGUUUCUGCAAAGCAACCAAAAAAGUGAGACAAACUUAUCAGAAAGAGUCAGACAAUAAAUGUAAUAAGACAUUUCAAGAUAAUAUUUAACACAGAAUAUGAGCAUGCAGAUUAACAGAUUAUUUGUGCGCCUUAAGAUUUAACAGAAGUUUUUGGCGCUUGGACACCAGAGGGAGAUAUUUUGCGAUUGAGGGACAUGUGAGCGGCAGCAGGAUAAAACGUCCCUUAUGGAGUCCAGACACUAGUGGCGGUGGUGGCUGCUGACUCUGAGGCUGCUGACUGCUCAGGCAUAUGAGGCUGAUGAAUCUGUAGUAAAGACUAGGUGGUGAUGGGGAGGUGGAGGGCGCGCAUGACGGCAGCAAGAAAGAACUACGGCAGAGAAAGAACCAUAUUUAAAAUGAGGAGCAAUGAGAAAGACUGACAGAGAAGGUGUGUCGCUGUGCUAUUGGUUGACUUUGAAUCAGCUGAUGAUUCAACUGACCUACCCAGACAAUGACACCGAGAAACAGUGAGCAAGCAAGCAUGCAUGGAAGGAGUGAAAGAAACUUACAGCCUCCGCAUGAAAAGUAUUGUCUUCUUGACUGAACUUUAACUAGAGCUUCAUAUGUCAGUAUCUGCAGAGCAUUUCAAAGACUGUGAGAAAACGGUGCUUAUAAGUUUAGCCUUCUGCUAACUGGAGCCAAAGGCUCACGGCAGCGGCUUCCUGUUCACGUUUAUGUAGCUAACGUUAGAGCCUUGAAUCACAACAUGUCCGCCACCUCACUACCCCCGCUAUAGACCACCUUGCUGGUGGGAAAACGGGCAACAACUCCAGAGAAGGACCUCCAGUCUGUGGCAACGGUAUCUUUAAUUCAGCCAUUGAAAAACUCUAGCUCCAUGACUCCCAGCCAGAUCAACAAACUUUCUGUUGCUGCUGUUACAGAGGUCAGACGUGCCACUGCAGCUGGGCACCAGCCAGCUUUGACACCAGGCUAAAUCUGGCUGAAUUUGAGCCACUUAAGCCACGGACUGAAGAUCUGUCUCCUGAGCUGUUGCCCACUCUCCUCCCAAAGAAGCAGUCCACAGCAGCAUUGAGUGUUGCUGUGAGACUGUGGGGCGGCUAGCGAGCUAAUUCUUGUCUUAUUUGUGGUCUAACGAAUGCUGAGAAAGAGAGUGGGGGAAGGAGGGGCUGAGUGAAUGAGAUGCAGCAACUGUAUUUGAAAUAAGUUUAUUUUGUUUACUUUUUUGCCAGAUUUCUGCCUACCCCAGCUUAAAGUAUAGUGUUUACCUUUUCAUCCUAUAAGGUACCAUAUCUCUAUACUCUUAAAACAAAUGGUUAUUUCUUAUUUAUCAAUUCAAAGUUGACGCCAUGAAGCCACAGUCGUGUUGUUUUCAUCAU